CUAGCAUAGUAGUCAAAGGGAAGUGAACAAGGAACUUAAGAUUUGAGAAAAGGGAAAGAUUAUCCCAUCCUCACUCAAAAUGGCAACGUGCUGCUAACAUGCCCUUUACUGAUAAUCACAGCAAGGAUACGACAACCCAUCAAUUUGACAAUAUCAUUCUUUUUUCUUACCAAUAUUAACUUAUAAAUCUCAUCUUCUUGUCCUGUUAACCAACAGGAACUCCAACUGAAACAUGGAGGCCAAAAGAUCCUCCACUGUCUCAGAUGUUGGAGCUUGGGCUAUGAACAUUAUCAGUUCCAUUGGAAUCAUCAUGGUCAACAAACAACUCAUGUCCCCUACUGGUUUUGAUUUUGCUUUUGCGACAAUGUUAACUGGUUUACACUUUUCGAUGACGGCCUUGGUUGGCUUGGUCUCAAAUGCUGCUGGUUACUCUGCUUCUAAGCACAUUCCCUUGGGGGAACUUGUCUGCUUCUCAGUUGUCGCCAAUGUUUCAAUCACAGGGAUGAACUUGAGCCUCAUGCUCAACUCUGUUGGAUUUUAUCAGAUUUCAAAGUUAAGCAUGAUCCCUGUGGUUUGUGUGAUGGAAUGGUUUCUUCACCGCAAGCACUACUCCAGGGAAGUGAAGAUGGCUGUGAUGAUAGUGGUUGUCGGCGUCGGUGUCUGCACCGUCACCGAUGUCAAUGUUAAUGCUAAAGGAUUUCUUUGUGCUUGUGUGGCUGUCUUCUCUUCAUCUCUACAGCAAAUUUCAAUUGGGUCCUUGCAGAAGAAGUAUGCAAUAGGCUCUUUUGAACUGCUAAGCAAGACAGCUCCAUUACAAGCUCUGUCUCUUCUAGUCACAGGUCCAUUCAUUGAUUACUACCUCAGUGGCAAAUUUAUAUCAAAUUAUGCAUUAUCUCCUGGAGGAUUUAUUCUGAUAGUGGUGUCAUGUUGCUUGGCUGUAUUCUGCAAUGUGAGUCAGUAUCUAUGCAUUGGACGUUUCUCAGCAGUAUCUUUCCAGGUUUUGGGGCACAUGAAGACUGUGUGUGUCCUAAUAUUGGGUUGGCUACUCUUUGAUUCAAAAAUGACUCUGAAAAAUAUAAUUGGGAUGGUUCUUGCUGUUGUUGGAAUGGUGGUAUACAGUUGGGCAGUAGAGGUUGAGAAGCAAACAGGAACCAAAUUCAUUCCUGUUUUGAAACCCAAAUUAUCACAAGACCAAAAGGAACAGACUCCAUUGAUUAAGGAUGUUGAGCUUGGUUAGUCUAGGAUUAGUAAUGCAUUUUAUGGCCGUCAAAGAUAGGCAAUUUUUAUUUAGAUCGGAUCUACAUAUAUUGCUCUCUCCUUGUUUUGUUGCCCUUUUUGUUUUAUCAAAAGAUAAACACACACUUUUUAAAUUAAGGAAAUGUGCAUGAAAA